AACUACAUACAGACCAUCCUUUUUCGACUACGAUAAUAAUAUUUGGGGAUAUUUUUUUUAGACCAUAGAAAAAUAUAAAAAUAAGAAUGUGGCACGUGCACAUCAGCUGCACCACUCUCCAUUUACCAAAACCCGUGUUCUUCGCGGCAGCCGGAAAAUCAAGAAACAUUUUAUCUACCACCAGUCUACUACCAGUAUGGCUAAAAUGGCGGCUGACCCUUUUUUUGUACGGACAGAAGCUACUUGUUCGUCUUCUCCAUUGAACCUUCGAAGCUCAAACACAGCAACUUUUCGAAUUCGAGCUCAUAAUAAUCAGCACACAGAUGACAAGAACAGAUUCUACAAAGAGCUUGGAACAUUUGCUUUGAAAAGGAAGAUUGAAGAUUUGGUACUCCGUGCUGAAAUGUUAGCACCAACAGCACUGGAAUUUGAAGAAGCAAGACGCCUCAAACAGGAAGAAAUUAUUCGGGAAUAUAAUUUGUGGGAUGAUGUAGCCAAGUCAAAUGAGGACCUUGUGCAAUUAGCUGAAAGCGCCAAGGCCGUUGAUGCCCUCAAAGACCUUAGAUACAAGGCUGAAGAAGCUAAGUUGAUUACGGAGCUAGCAGGAAUGGAUUCUAUCAACUAUGACUUUCUAAAGCAGGCUUAUACAGCUUGUGUCAGUGUGAAUAAGACAUUAGAUAAGUAUGAAAUGUCCAAGCUUCUUAGGGAGCCAUAUGAUAUGGAGGGAGCAUGUGUCACCAUUGAAUCUGGAAGCGAGGGCAUUUACUCGAAGAUUUGGGCAGAAAAACUCACAAGAAUGUAUAUCAAAUGGGUAGAAAAACAAGGUCAUAAGGCGAGGAUAGUUGAGAAACAAGAUUCAGAGAGUGGUGGUAUCAAAUAUGUGAUGAUUGAGUUAGAAUUCAAGUCAGCAUAUGGCUAUCUUUCAGGGGAAAGAGGAAUCCAUUGCAUGAAUGGAAGUUCUGAAGGUAAAUUUGAUCUUUCAAAGGAUGGAGCUGCUGCAAUCGAUGUUAUUCCUCUUUUUCUUGAAUCAUCCCCUGACCUCCAAAUUGAUGAAAACGAUCUAGAAAUUACAACAUCGUAUGAAGAGGAACGGGGUAGGACUUCCCCUUCACUCAUUAUUCAUCAUAUUCCAACAGGAUUGCAAGUCCAGUCAACAGAAAAUUUAAUUUGGUGUGCCUAUGGAUCUGAAUAUCCACGAAAGUCCGUCCCAAUAAGUGUUGCAGAGUGCAGAAGUUCGGCAGUAUCGCCUGGAGAGUAGUAUUCUGUUUUUAAGUCGAAUGUUCAUUACCAUAAUAAGUAGUCGAUUAGGAAAGAAAAAUAAACUUUUGCAGUCUGUCCUGCUGAUCAUAGAGAAGUUAGGCAGUUAUACAUGCUAUAGCUCUAAUAGAUAAUAAUGAAUGCAGAAGUUCUUGAUAAGAAAUACUUUGAAGGGAAGUAUCUUGCAACUCUCUUGGUUUUCCUUUCUCCUAGGUCAGAACGAUGAGAACCGAAGAAUCAUAUGUCAAGAAGCACUGUUUAUAAAGGGUAUGAUAUAUUACAUGACAGGGAAACUUCUUCUAUGAUUCGUCUCCAGUUAAAGGAUUGGAUGCAUUUUCAACAAGCAAACGAUUUAAAUGUCUAUGGGGCAUCCAAUAGAACAUAAUAAGUUUAUAUAAUACACAUGAGUUGUUACAUAUCAUUGUAAUCAUGUGGACACCAUAUUUAAGUGUGUCACUAAUGAUACCACUGUUAAUUGAACUUAAAAGAAUUGCUUGAAUGUUGGGCGCAUUCAGGGAAGUUUUCUUGUCCGUUGGUCAUUCAAAAGUCAUACUGCAUAUAAAAGUGAUACAUUACAUUUCGGAGAAGAAAAGGUUGUGUUUCAAGAUUCUGCAGUAGAUCGUAUACUACUACAUGGUUGAUAGAUUCAUGAUAGUUGCUGGAGAUACUGUCUUAUAUUCAAUAUUCCAUGACGGCCGUGAGAUACAGUCCAAGAUAUUUGUGUCCAACACAACCGUUGUUGCCUUCUUAGGAGAAUCCAUGCUCUAAAUUUGUAGCUCUGAGCCUCUGACUAGUACUUUUGCCUGUGCAAGAUGAAUGUUUAUUUUCCACACAUCUAAAAUCUCUUUUGGUUUCUCAAUGUUUUUUUUUAUUUUGGGCCACUCUCUACCAUGAUAGUUUCUAU